AUGGAGUCGGUGACUUUCCCCCGGCGCCCGGGCCCGGCUCCCUCGGCCUCCUGGCUGACUGCGGAGCGCGCCCGGCCGCUGGCCGACGGGCUCAUCAAGUCCCCCAAGCCCCUGAUGAAGAAGCAGGCGGUGAAGCGACAUCGCCACAAGCACAACCUGCGGCACCGCUACGAGUUCCUGGAAACCCUGGGCAAGGGCACCUACGGGAAGGUGAAGAAGGCGCGCGAGAGCUCGGGGCGCCUGGUGGCCAUCAAGUCAAUCCGGAAAGACAAAAUCAAAGACGAGCAGGAUCUGCUGCACAUACGGAGGGAGAUUGAGAUCAUGUCGUCACUAAACCACCCCCACAUCAUUGCCAUCCAUGAAGUGUUUGAGAACAGCAGCAAGAUUGUGAUCGUCAUGGAGUAUGCCAGCCAGGGUGACCUGUAUGACUACAUCAGUGAACGAACCCGCCUGAGUGAGCGUGAGGCCCGGCAUUUCUUUCGGCAGAUCGUCUCUGCCCUGCACUACUGCCACCGGAAUGGGGUUGUCCACCGUGAUCUCAAGCUAGAGAAUAUCCUUCUAGAUGCAAAUGGAAAUAUCAAGAUUGCCGACUUCGGCCUCUCCAACCUGUACCACCAAGGCAAGUUCCUGCAGACAUUCUGCGGGAGUCCCCUCUAUGCCUCACCCGAGAUCGUCAAUGGGAAGCCCUAUGUGGGCCCAGAGGUGGACAGCUGGUCCCUGGGGGUUCUCCUGUACAUCCUGGUGCAUGGCACCAUGCCCUUUGAUGGGCAGGAUCAUAAGGUGCUGGUGAGGCAGAUCAGCAGCGGGGCCUACCGUGAACCACCCAAGCCCUCUGAUGCCUGUGGCCUGAUCCGGUGGUUAUUAAUGGUGAACCCUACCCGCCGGGCCACCCUGGAGGAUGUAGCCAGUCACUGGUGGGUCAACUGGGGUUACAGCACCCGUGUUGGGGAGCAGGAGACUCUGCGUGAGGGUGGGCACGUUGGCAGUGACUCUCUCCGGGCCUCCAUGGCUGAUUGGCUGCGACGCUCCUCCCGCCCACUCCUGGAGAACGGAGCCAAGGCGUGCAGCUUCUUCAAGCAGCACGCCCCGGGCGGUGGGAGUGCCGCUUCUGCCCUGGAGCGCCAGCAUUCGCUCAAGAAGUCCCGGAAGGAGAACCACGUGGCCCAGACUCUGCAGGGGGACCCAGCUGAGGAUACUUCCCCUCGGCCUGGCAAGAACAGCCUCAAGCUGCCAAAGGGUAUUCUCAAGAAAAAGACCUCCACCUCCACAGCGGCGGGGGUGCAGGCGGGGGUGCACGAGGAGCCCCAGGAACUCAGCCCGCCUCCCCAUGCCUUGGGGCAGCCUGUCCCUCUGCCCCCCAGGAAGGGCAUCCUGAAGAAGUCUCAGCAGCGGGAGUCCGGCUACUACUCCUCUCCGGAGCCCAGCGAGUCCGGGGAACUCUUAGACACUGGUGACGUGUUUGUGACUGUGGACCCCAUGGAGCAGAAGCCCCCACAAGCCUCAGGGCUGCUCCUCCACCGAAAGGGCAUUCUCAAACUCAAUGGCAAGUUCUCACGCACAGCCCUGGAGUGUACGGCCCCCAGCACCUUUGGCUCCCUGGACCAGCUGUCUGCCCCUCACCCUGCAGCACGGACCAGCCGGCCUUCAGGGGCCGUGAGUGAGGACAGCAUCCUGUCCUCCGAGUCCUUUGACCAGCUGGACUUGCCCGAUCGGCUCCCUGAGACCCCACUGAGGGGCUGUGUGUCUGUGGACAACCUCAGGGGCCUUGAGGAACCCCCCUCAGAGGGUCGUGGCAGCCGCUUGAGACGCUGGCAGCAGGACCCCCUGGGCGAUAGCUGCUUUUCCCUGACAGACUGCCAGGAGGUGACAGCAGCCUAUAGGCAGGCACUGGGAAUCUGCUCCAAACUCAGCUGAGGGUGAGGGGCAAUGCCCCAGCCUGGGGUGGAUUCCGAGAUGCCCCUGAGGGGAGAGCACUUCCUUCCCUGCCUCCUGGGGCCAGCUUCCCAGCCCAGAAGCCCAGAGAGCUUGCAGAGGACCCCGGCGGGGGGUGGGAGGGGUGUUGACUGGGAAAGUAAAUGAAUGAAGUGAAUCCAGGGUUCAAGGUGUUCAGCCCUAUGGAACUGGGAAGAUGAGGGGAAGAGUAUAGAGUUGUAAGGGGGUUGGAAAGGGCCCAGGCUGCCUCAGGCUUGUGCUCAUAAUGGGGCUGCAGAAAUCUAAAAGAGUAUUUCUUGAGAGCCUGCCUCCCUCACAUCAUGGGUGUUACUCUCACUGCCUUCCACGCACUCCCCUACCCAGCCGUUCUCACCGAAGUGCAUCUUCUCACAAGUUGUCAUCUCCACCAGCCACCUGAGCCAGAGAAAAUGUGGCACCCGUGACUGUGCCUGGAGGUGAGCUAGAGGAACCUGUGCUCCCUUAUUUAACCAGGACUAAGAGGAAGCAGCCCAUUUCCUUCAAGGGUUCUGUCCCCUUUCCCAUCUUCCAAACCCGGCCUGAGCCACCUGAAGUCAGUUGCUGCUUUAUACCUGAAAGACUUUAAAAGGCUCACACUGCUGUUUGACUUCAUCUCAAGGGGGUCCCGGCUCCUUUGGACCCCACCUUGGACCUCAGUCUGAACAUCUGCCUCAAAGCUGCUCCUGAAGACUGGACUGUACAUGAGUCUAUUUCUCAGGCCAGCAGGACCCUAGAAUGUGCUUUAUUUAUUAUCUUCUCAAGUCUGUGUUUUUAAAGUUGUUGCUGUUUUCAGUAAUGUGAAUGCCACGUUCUGGAGAAAGGCACUAUGCCAUCUAAGUUUCGUGUGCAAAGGUACGUGGCAGUGGUACCUCUAAUCAGGAGGGGGAUCUUUUCCAAACCCGUGUGUCUCAUUGCACUGUCUGGAGAUGGGUCUCCAGUCUCUUCACUGUACACUCUGAUGCUGUUUACUCAAGACCUUUUUCUGUGGCCAAAAAGAAGCACUCCAUUAAAACCAGAAUGGUGACUGGAAAACCA